CCAAUCCCCCUCCAUUAGUCCCCAUGGUCACUCAAUGGGAAAGAGCCACGUGCCUCUGCGCCCACCAGCUCAAGAGCAUUUGUUCUCGCUGUUGGUUGCUGUAAAGGAUUUGCCUCCAUAGACAGAAAAGCAGAGCGGAUAACUUUUUGGAAUUCGGCCUAGGGGGUCCUCUUCGACCUUUUGCUCACUCCGGGAUUCCACUCUCUCUCUUUCUCUCUCAGUCUUUCCCUGCGGAAAGGUUGACACUUAAGAGGGUUUAUUUUUCCUGAAGAACUCAGUGCGUAGAGCCUCGCCACCGUCGCAGUGCCACUCAGGAUGCACAGCUUUAUGGGAGGGGGCCUGUUCUGCGCCAUAGUGGGGAACAUCCUGCUGGUGGUCUCAACUGCGACAGACUACUGGAUGCAGUACCGCUUGUCGGGGAGCUUCGCCAACCAGGGCCUGUGGAGGUACUGCAUGUCGGGCAAGUGCUACAUGCAGACGGACAGCAUCGCCUACUGGAAUGCCACCCGUGCCUUCAUGAUCCUGUCAGCCAUGUCGUGCUUCGCGGGCAUCAUCGCAGGCAUUCUCUCCUUUGCCCAUUUCUCCGCCUUCGAGAGGUUCAACCGCUCCUUCGCUGCAGGGAUCAUGUUCUUUGUCUCCACUCUCUUUGUUCUGCUUGCAAUGGCCAUCUACACUGGAGUGACGGUGAACUUCCUGGGGAAGCGCUUCGGUGACUGGCGCUUCUCUUGGUCCUACAUACUGGGCUGGGUGGCACUGCUCAUGACCUUCUUUGCAGGAAUAUUUUACAUGUGUGCCUACAGAAUGCAUGAAUGCAGGAGAGUGGUGGACCCACGCUAAAAGAGAGAGGAAAGCCAGUGAAAAGAUUGCAAAUCCGGGACAUUUUGGCCACACAAUUCCAACACGAUGAAAGAAUCAAGCUUACACCAAUAGACAUAUCACUGAAAUAUAGAAACAGUACUAGGUAAUUGAGAACCAAAGAUGAAUACAAAUGUUUGGUUAUGCCUGAGCAGUUUACGUGUCAUUUUAAUAAAGCUAUAACUCUAACAGUAAAA